CUAUUAUCGUUUAUCCGCACUACUCCUUUAUAGUCAGCAGCGGCACCAAGCAGCAGAAUCAAAAUAACACAAACGAGGAAUCUGAAAAUGGAGAAAGGAAAACAGGGAGUGGUGGUGCCGAAGAUGAUUCCCCAGCAGCAGAACCCAAUAGAGCUUAUUCAGGCUCGGUUCAAGGAGUUGGAGGCUGGGUUCAGGGGCUGGCUGGCCAAGCAGUCUCUGCCGGUGGAGGCCGCCGUGGUGACAGCCACCAGCGCCGCCCAGGGUGCUGCCAUAGGCGGCUUCAUGGGCACUCUCACCAGCGACUUGUCGUCCUCUCUCCCGACCCCUCCCCCCCAGACCAACCCACAAGCUAUGGCCUCUUUCAAGCAAGCCCAGGCUCUUUCUGGGGGUCCGUUUGUACAAGCCCGCAACUUUGCUGUGAUGACAGGUGUCAAUGCUGGCAUUUCCUGUGUCAUGAAACGACUGAGAGGCAAGGAGGAUGUCCAGUCUAGCAUGGUGGCAGCUUUUGGUUCUGGAGCCAUGUUUUCACUUGUGAGUGGCAUGGGUGGCCCAAAUCUGGCAGGAAAUGCAGUUACUUCUGGCCUCUUUUUUGCUCUUGUUCAAGGUGGACUUUUCAAGUUAGGGCAAAAGUUCUCUACACCACCAGCUGAAGAUGUUUUUUACAAUAAAACAAAAUCCAUGUUGCAUAACCUUGGCCUCCAGAAUUAUGAGAAGAAUUUCAGAAGGGGCUUGUUAACGGACAGCACGUUGCCUCUACUCACUGAUAGUGCUCUUAGAGAUGUGAAAAUCCCUCCUGGACCAAGGCUUCUCAUUCUUGAUCACAUUCAGAGGGACCCCGAGUUCAAAGAUGGGCGAAAAAGUGGUCGUUGAGGAUCUACUGUCAUUCUACUUUGCUGCAAAUUAUUUUUUUACCUGUUAAACCGUAGAAAACAUACGGGUCUUUUUGUUUUAAAUGAGAAGAUGUCAUUUUUGUGGUCAUAACACAUUAAAUUCUGCCCGAGUAGUUUGAUUUUCACGGUGCUAUGAAUUGGCUCAAAUAAUACUGUUAUGUGCUUGGAGGUGGUAGUUUGGGUAAAAUAUGCUGAUUAAAGUUGCUAUUAUUAUUA